UGUGCACAAUAAUCGUAAUAAUUACAAUAACAUCAACAACACAAAAUGGAUAUAUUAAAAGCGGAAAUUGCGCGCAAGCGUAAAUUACUUGAGGAGAAGCAACUGAUUGACGAAAAGAAAAAGUAUUUUCGCCGCGGCGAACUCAGUGCAAAGGACACCGAAGAAGUGCUACAAAAAGUGGGCUACAAAAAACAGGAAUUGAUUGUUUCGCCCCGAGCUGAGGGCGCCUACAGUUUUGUGGCCGAUGGCCAAAAUAUACUGCCACGCCUGGAGGUCAUACGUCGCCUGCGGGAGCGUGGCGAGCCUGUCCUGCUCUUUGGUGAGACAGAGCCGGAGGCAUUUGAUAGAUUGCGCAUCUGUGAGAUCUCACAACCGGAGGCGAAUCGUGGAUUCCGCAAUGAUUUCCAGGAGGCAAUGGAACAAGUGGAUGCCGCGUAUCUGCAAGAGAUGUUUGCGAACACACCCACAGCGAAGGAAGAUAAGAAAUCUGAUUUUGCCGAACUGGACGAGACAAUCUCAUGGGAAAGCAUACAGACAAUGGCCCAGAAGAUGGGUCGCAACAAGGAUUACGAUAUGGAUGUGAUAAUAACACUGCUCACAUUUCUCUUGAAGCUGUGGAACGCACAGAUUGCCAGCUACACCAAGCACGAGAAAAUGUCGACCAAGGUGAAAAUGGCUCGCGUCAUUUACACCCAGACCAAGGAGUAUGUGAAGCCAUUGUUUCGCAAACUGAAGCACCAUACGCUGCCCGAGGAUAUUUUGGACAGCUUGCGGGAUAUAUGCAAGCAUCUGCUCAAUCGCAACUACAUCUCAGCGAGUGAUGCCUACUUAGAAAUGGCCAUUGGCAACGCUCCGUGGCCCAUUGGCGUGACCAUGGUGGGCAUUCACGCGAGAACUGGUCGCGAGAAGAUCUUCUCCAAGAAUGUGGCUCAUGUGAUGAACGAUGAAACACAACGCAAAUAUAUUCAGGGCCUGAAGCGUUUGAUGACCAAAUGCCAGGAAUACUUUCCCACCGAUCCAUCCAAGUGUGUUGAGUAUGUCAGCAAGAAGGAUCGUGAAUAAAUAUAAAUAAUAUUAUCAUUGAAUAUGGUAUAUUUUAA